AUGGUCACUCGGGAUCGAGCGGAGAAUAGGGACGGCCCCAAGAUGCUGAAGCCGCUUGUGGAGAAGCGGCGCCGGGACCGCAUCAACCGCAGCCUGGAAGAGCUGAGGCUCCUGCUGUUGGAGCAGACCCGGGACCAGAACCUCCGCAACCCGAAGCUGGAGAAAGCAGAGAUACUGGAGUUCGCCGUGGGCUACUUGAGGGAGCGGAGCCGGGUGGAGCCCCCGGCGGCCGCGGCUCCAGGGGUUCCCCGGUCCCCAGCCCAGGACGCCGAGGCGCUCGCCAGCUGCUACCUGUCCGGCUUCCGCGAGUGCCUGCUCCGUCUGGCGGCCUUCGCGCACGACGCCAGCCCGGCCGCCCGCGCCCAGCUCUCCGCGCUGCACGUAUACCUGCGCCCCAAGCCGCCCCGACUGGAGCCGGUAGAUCCGAGGCCCCAGGCGCCGCGCCCACCGCUGGACCCCGCCGCCCCGGUGCCCGGCCCGCGCUGCAACCAGCGCCCCCCAGUGCACCAGGGCACCCUUAGCCCGCGCUGCGCCUGGUCCCCGUCCCCCUGCUCCCCCCGCGCCGGGGAUCCCGGCGCGCCGGCGCCCCUCACCGGACUGCUGCCGCCGCCGCCGCCGCCGCACAGACAAGACGGGGCGCCCAAGGCCCCGCCGCCCCCGCCGCCCGCCUUCUGGAGACCUUGGCCCUGA